AUGAGUGCGGCUGAGCCGCCGUUGGCAAAUCGCAAUGUGAUGCGAGUUCUAAUUCCAUCACUUAUUAUCGAUAUGUUUGCAUUCACUUGUAUAUUACCAUUAUUCCCAAGUAUUCUGAAUUUUUACGCUAAAAGCGAGCAUCGGGACUACAUGUAUGAUGUUUUCAAUUCGCUACUAAAAUCAUUUCAAUCUUUACUUGGAGUGCCACAUAGCGAGAAAUUUAACAACGUAUUUUUUGGAGGCCUUCUUGGAUCAAUGUUCAGCGCAUUGCAAUUUCUGGCUUCACCUACUCUCGGAGCACUUUCUGACGUUUAUGGUCGACGAACGAUGCUGCUGCUUUCUUGCAUAGGAACUCUGAUAUCUUACAUGAUAUGGUUACGUGCCGAGACGUUCUCCAUCUUUGUAUUGAGCAGGGUCAUUGGAGGUUUGAGUAAGGCGAACAUAAAUGUAGCAACAGCUAUUGUUACCGAUGUAUAUAAGCCUGAAGACAAUGCGAAGGGAAUGGCACUCAUCGGUAUCUCAUAUUCUGUGGGAUUUUUGAUUGGUCCUAUGUUUGGCGCGUACUUCUCUACAAUUGCGCCAAAGAAUGCGUUGCACACUACACCAGCAAUAUUCUCCAUUGUUCUUACAUGCAUCCAUUUCCUUUUGGUAGCGUUUCUUCUUCCGGAAACUUUGCGAUAUGAAGACAGGAAAGCAUCAGAAGAUAUUACCAGCAAAGCCAAACAUCUUGUUAUGCCAAUGGAACUUUUCAAAUUUUCAGCUGUUAAUGCUCCUACAGAAAAAAAGCAAACAAUGCAGAAAAUUGGCACUAUUUAUUUCAUUUAUUUGUUCCUGUACGCUGGAUUGGAAUUCACACUUCCAUUUCUUACACACCUGAGGUUCAAGUUCGACAGCAUGCAACAAGGGAAAAUUUAUCUUUUCACUGGUCUUUUGAUGUUGCCGAUUCAAGGACGAAUUGUACGCAGGACGCCGAUGAUUAAACAAAAACGUGUAGCUGAACUUGGUAUCAUGUGUGUGAUCCCUGCCUUUUUAAUCAUUGCUCAAGCUACUAAUCAGUACAUGUUGUAUUUAGGACUAUUUCUAUAUGCCAUAGCAUCUGCUACGGUAGUAAGUUGUCUAACGUCACUGGUGUCUGCUGUUCAUCCAAACACAGACAAAGGUGCUUUAGCUGGAGUAUUCCGAAGUAUUGGCGCUUUGGCCAGAGCUAUUGGACCUAUCGUCGCAUCUACCCUAUUCUGGCUCACCGGUCCAACGAAGUGCUACACAGUCGGAGGGAUUCUUCUUUUUAUUCCUCUCAUCUUACUAAAGCGACUCGACAAUCCAGUGCAAGAAGAGAAAAAAGCUUUAUAA